AUGCACCUAGCACUGUCACGUAGUGGGUGCAGUGGUGGUGCUGCUAGUGGUGGUGGUGGCGGUGGUAUGGGGGGUACUGAGCGCUCACCCGCCUGCCCGCGCGUUCCACUUGCUGACAUCCUCAGAGUCACCAUUGGGUGGGCGGAAGGGCGGAGGGUUGGGGGAGGCAGGUGGAGUGAUGUGUACCUGGGGGAAUGGACGGAGGAGGUGGAGGGGGGGGAUGGGGAGAAGCAUGGGGGGGAGGAUGGGGGGAAGGAUGGGGGGGGAACAGGAAAGAAGAAGCACCAAGGAAGAGAGGUGUGGGGGGGGGGGAAGGGGAAGGAGGGGGGCGACAAGGGGGAAGGGUCACAAGGCAAGCAGUUGUCAGGGGGAAAGGUGUGGAAGGGGGGGAGGCCGGGGGACAAGUGGGCAGUGAAGCGCAUGAGGGGGGGGACGCAUGAGGCAGAGAGGGCGGAGUUUGAGGCUCAUGUGGCGGGCUUGGCUCGCCUUGUCCACCCAAACGUGCUGGCUCUCGUGGGCUGGUGCUGCUGCCCUGCAGAAGGGGGGGAGGCAGAGAGGGAGGGCGGGGAGAAGGAGGCAUGUGGGUGGGGCGAGAAUAAAGUGGCAGUUGGGGAGGGCGACGGGAGAGGGUGGUUGAAAGGUGCCACGCCUUUGUCGCUGCAGCAGCGGGUGGGCAUAGCAGUGGGCGUGCUGAGGGCGCUCAAGGCAGUGCAGAGCCACUGGCAGGUGCAUGGCGACCUCAAGCCCUCCAACGUGCUGCUCGGGCCGUCCUUUGAGGUGCGUAAGUUGCCUUCAAUUCCCGUCCUGCUGGUAUGCCCUAGUGAGUGA